AGCACUUCUAGUUGCUUCACGCCCUCCACCCUUCUGGGUUGGUUAGUGAUGCAUGACCCCAGGGUGGCCAUCUGCUGUUUUCUCUGGACUCGUACUUAGAAGUUCAGAUAGAAAGUGUAUGUAAGGUUUAAAUCGGGUACCCGACGUUCUUUCCUGUGUGGGUAGAAUUCCGGUUGCAGUUGCUUUUGUUAUUAAGAGCACUUUUUAAAUCUUUUUUUGAUUCAUCCUUUUGCUCUUCAGCAUGUGUGUACGGAGGUGCUCAAAGUGUCUUGGCUUUUCCUUAAUACCCUUGGCACUGGGCUGCAUUGCUGCCAACAUACUUCUUUUCUUUCCAAAUGCAAACACAGAACCCGCUGAAAGUAACGGUCUCAGUCACUUCGUGUGGUUCUUUCAUGGAAUAAUUGGGGCUGGAAUUGUGAUGUUUCUUCCGGCUACCUUUUUCAUUGUUGCAACCAAAGAGGAUGUCUGUGGCUGCUGCGAGCGCAACUCAUGUCACAAUAGGUGUCCAUUGCUCUCAUCCAUUUUGGUGGCCUUGAUUGGAAUCGCUGGAUCCGGGUACUGUGUCAUCGUGUCUGUGCUGGGGCUCCUACAAGGACCAAAAUGCAACUCAAAUAACAGUUUGGAAUACCCUUUUGAAAAUGACAAUGGAAACUAUCUAACAAACUACACCUACUGGAAUGACAAGUGCAAAAGUCCCCAAAAUGUGGUGCUGUGGAACGUCACCCUGUUCUCCAUUCUCCUGCUCUUCAGUGGAAUUCAAGCGAUCAUCUGCUUUCUACAAAUCAUUAAUGUCAUAACUGGGGCAAUGUGUGGACCCUGCAGCAGGGGGCAGGCCUAUAACAUUAACAAAGCAUGAAGUGAAGACUUUCUCUCAUCAAGGUAUUGAAGAAGGUGUAGAAUUCCGAGGGUAAAGGUUAUUUAUUUUUGUAUUAUUCCAUUUUAUUGCUUUCUUUGCUUUUUUAUUUAACUGAAAUGUAUUAUUUUUAAAUAUUAAAAAAGGUCAAACAGCUCCAUAAGAUUAACACAAUACAAGUGACAGUAAAUAGCACAUACUAGUUAAGGAGUCUGUUGUUUGGUGUGUAACCAUAAGCAGUAUACAUGCCCUGAGUAACUUUUAAAAAUAAGAAAAUAUAAACGGUGCUACAGUUAUUAUUAAAAUUAAUUUGUGAAUAUUAAGUUACUUAACAAAUGCUUAAAUAAAUUAUUAUUCAAAAUAAUAACAUUUUGCAUAAUGUAUAUAUGCAAGAAUAUCAUCACUUUUCCUUACAUUAGUUUAGUAUUCUUUAACUUUAAUCCUAGUGGCUAAAUGGUAACCAGAAUUAUAUUACUGGAAAAGAAGGAAACAUAAUUAUUUAUAUGUAACUUCUAGUGUGCAGUCAGGGACAUCGCUAAUACUGUAUAACAAUAUGAGAGAGUGGCACUGUCAUCUUCUCAGCACACAUACUAAUGACCACGAUCUAGCAAAAUCACACUGGAUCUUAGCCAACAAGCCAUCUUGAUAUGUGGCACACUCAGAGAACAGUCUUAGGAAACUAAACCAAUGUUCUAGGUCAGCCCACGUCUUUGACCUGUGCAUUGCUUAAAUCGCCUGUUUUAGAACUGCACAGAACAUAUCUUAAAUAUUGUAUUAUAGGUCUUUAAUUCUGUUGUGCCUUGGUAUGGUGUUCACCAUUCAUUGGUGCCACAGAAAAGUAAUAAUCCACCAUUUUUUUCAAAUGCGUCCUCUUUGCAAAUUGUUAAUAAAUGGAAAGUUGCUGUACAUAAAGAAUGGCUAGUGGUGAAGGAAGAGGUACUAGGGCACAAGUGUCUGAAAAGUGGAAAAGCUGUUAUUUUCAAAGAAUAACGAUGAAUUGUGAUAGGCAUGGCAAUAAAUGUUCUGUCAUUUUGGUACAUUGUAUUACAACAGACUGCUCACUUCUGCUUCAGCUCAGCCUGUCAGUGCCAGAUUAAUUCCUGUCCAGACUCACAGCAAAUGUCACGGGAAGAUUACAUUGUAAGUGUGUGUUCAGCAGAGUAUCGACAUCUUAGACAGUACAGCUAUACAAGCUCGUAAGGUGUGAGGAAACUGAUAUGUAUAGAAAUAAGUGCCAAUGCAAUUAUAUACAGUAUGACAUUGUACAUAUUUCAUAAAUAAAUAAGAACUGAUCA